GGUGCGUUCAUUCUCUCCGAAAACGAGCUUCCUGCAGAAAAGAACUGGAAACAGGAGUAAGAGAGACCUGGCUGCAGGCAGAGCGAGCAGCAUGAACUCGACGACUCCAGCAGGCCCCGUGGCCAAUUCCGUGUUUGUGGUGGCACCCCACAAAGGCUAUCCUGUGAUCCCGGGAGCCGUGUCUCAGGUGCCCCUCUACCCAAGCAACCAGCCUCAGGUCCACCUAAUUCCUGGGAACCCACCCUGUUUGGUGCCGAGUGUGAAUGAGCUGGCUCCCAGGAAAGUCUUGAAAGAAGGCAAGGUCUUAGGGGCCAUCCAGAUCCUCAUCGGUCUGCUGCACAUCAGCCUGGGCUCCGUCAUGGCGACCGUACUCCCAGGGUUCUACCUGUCCAUCUCCUUCUACGGAGGCUUCCCCUUCUGGGCAGGCAUCUGGUUUAUCAUUUCAGGAUCCCUCUCGGUGGCAGCAGAAAAUCAGCCCAAUUCCUCUUGCCUGCUGAAUGGCAGCGUGGGCUUGAACAUCUUCAGCGCAGUCUGUUCCGCGGUGGGAAUCAUACUCUUCAUCACGGACAUAAGCCUUGUGGGAACUUAUGGCAACCUUGAUUACUACCCUCCCUUUUACAACUGGGGCAUUAACCCUGGGGUCGCUAUUUCCGGUGUGCUGCUCAUCUUCUGCCUCCUGGAGUUCUGCGUGGCCUGCACCUCUUCCCACUUUGGCUGCCAGCUGGCCUGCUGUCAAUACAACAACGUGGGCAUGGUCCUCCCAAAUGUCUAUGCAGCCAACCCUGUGGUCGUCCCAGAACCACCGAACUCGGUGCCAAGUUACUCCAAUGUGGGUCAAGCCUCCAAAUAAGCCAAGUUAAGAAUUCUAGAAAUAUCUUUCACUGGGACCAAAAGAAGUUCUCCCUUUUCUGGGCUUUCAUGCCAGGUUCUUCCUCCCCUGGCAAACUGAGGCACGUGCCUCUCCCACUUCUCACACCCUGGACUUCAUGCCCACUAAGUCCUGCUGUUCUUCUACUGAAAAGAUGGAACGCUCACGUGGAUUCUAACCCAGAGGUCCUGCCUGGGUCACGUGCUCCUGUGUGCAUGUG